GCCAACCUCUGGAGCUCUUCUGCCAUACUGAACAGGUGUUUGUGUGUCAGUCCUGUGAUGGACCACAAGUUCCAUCCUGUUGUACCAAUAAGGGAGGAACAUGAGGAGAAGAUGAAACAGUUAUGGAAGAUACAGUCUGAAGUUCAGCAGACGAUCCGCGACAGAGAACAACUGAUAUACGAGAUCUAUUCUACAGUUUCAACAGAGAACCAAGCCGAAAGCCUCAUUGCAGAGCUGGCGGAGGAAAUAACCUUACUGACCAGUGAAUGCUCAGAGAUGAUGCAGGUCUCACAGACUGAAGACCCCCUCCAUUUCCUCCAGGCCUUCAGAAUCCCGGAGAAUCUGCUACACUUCAGGGACUGGACGACAGUGGAGGUCUGUCCUCAGCCAGACGUACGGACCGUGAGCAGAGGCCAGGACCAGCUGGAGGAGACGCUGAACGUGAGGACGGAGAACCCACGAGACCUGAAAGCAGCCCUAGAGAAGUAUGCCUGUGAACUCACCCUGGAUCCAAACACAGCCCACAGAGACCUCUCUCUGUCUGAGGACCACAGAAUGGUUACCUGGACUGGAAACUACCAGUCGUAUCCGGAUCACCCAGAGAGAUUUGACUCCUGGCCCCAGGUGUUGUGUAGAGAAGGUCUGUCUGGCCGCUGUUACUGGGAGGUAGAGUGGGGAGGACAUGUGGAGGUAGGAGUGACAUACAGAGUGUCACUCCUACCAUACAGAGGAAUCACAAGGAGAGGAAUGGUUGAGGAAAGCAGGCUUGGACGGAACAACAAGUCCUGGAGUCUUGUUUGUUGUGAUGGUGGUUACUCUGCCCGGUACGACGGUACAGACACAGCCAUAAGUCUCCCCCCCGCUGGCUCCACCAGAGUAGGAGUGUAUCUGGACCGGCCUGCUGGCUCUCUGUCCUUCUACAGAGUGUCCCCAGGUGGAGGAGGGUCCUCAGACACACUGACACACCUCCACACCUUCUGGACCUCCUUCAACCAGGAUCUCUGGCCAGUUUUGUUUUUUUAUACUCCAGACGUACGGACCGUGAGCAGAGCCCAGGACCAGCUGGAAGAGACGCUGAACGUGAGGACGGAGAACCCACGAGACCUGAAAGCAGCCCUCGAGAAGUAUGCCUGUGAACUCACCCUGGACCCAAAAACAGCCCACAGAGACCUCUCUCUGUCUGAGGACAACAGGAAGGCCGCCGUCAGGCCGCCGUCAGGCCGCCGUCAGGCCGCCGUCAGGCCGCCGUCAGGCCGCCGUCAGGCCGCCGUCAGGCCGCCGUCAGGCCGCCGUCAGGCCGCCGUCAGGCCGCCGUCAGGCCGCCGUCAGGCCGCCGUCAGGCCGCCGUCAGGCCGCCGUCAGGCCGCCGUCAGGCCGCCGUCAGGCCGCCGUCAGGCCGCCGUCAGGCCGCCGUCAGGCCGCCGUCUGGCCGCCGUCUGGCCGCCGUCUGGCCGCCGUCUGGCCGCCGUCUGGCCGCCGUCUGGCCGCCGUCUGGCCGCCGUCUGGCCGCCGUCUGGCCGCCGUCUGGCCGCCGUCUGGCCGCCGUCUGGCCGCCGUCAGGCCACGCAGUCCCCCGCAGCGGAGCCAGAGCAACAAUCAAAGAUGACCAAAAACGACGUGAACUUAGGGUUGCAACCUACGUCGCCUGUCACACCUCCAUAA